ACAACAACAACAACAACAAAAAACAGCUUAGGUAAGGUUUUGAAACAGCCGGUAGCUGGUUGACCAGUUCAACCAGCUCCAUACUCAACAUAGUUUGACCAUCUCGAGCUAUGUUUUGAAACAGCUGGUAACUGAAAUAGCUGAAUUCUACGCCAGGGUUAUCAAUUCACUGACACUUUAUUCGAUACCAGACCUUGUCUGGCUUGCUUCAACUUUGUAUUGUGUCUGCGUAAAACACGAAGAUUAAAAGUUACAUUGCACCCGUUCGUCGAAUUAGCUGCUUUGCCACCUCCAGUAGGCUAGUAUUGUGAUCACGUAGUUGUCUUCAUUCAUUACCGUUUGGACGCAGAUGAACAAUCAAUCAAUAGGGGCGUUGUAUACGUGAAAUUUUCAGAAGAUCACAAAAGGCACCAACAUCCCUAUUGGGCCACACCUCAGAUCUCAGUCAUCUUUACAGCUAACUGAUCUGCGUAGCUACAGAAUAAGCAUCCGAGUCACCACCAAAGAAAUACGAGUAGCCUUCGCUGCUUCUGAUUUGAUAAUCUGACCUCUUCCUCAUUCCUCAAAUAUAUUUAAUCAGCAUUUAAAAGUGAAACAUUUCUGGGGUUCUUCAGAAGGCUUACGUAUGGAUGGAAAUACUCACGUCCUCACUCAGGCUUCACAAGUUUGCUCCUCUCCGCAGGCACACAGUGGGCUCUGGCUGCUUCCCCAUCUGUGAAGUCUGGUCAAGCAGGGACCCUGACCAGUCCUGAAUCUGUUUAAGGUGGACCACUGUCUCCUCGGGAGCUUGGUGCCAGGGACUGGUUGGGUCGGGUCUGACACUAGAUGUUUGUUUGGGAUGUCUUUGGAUUCCCAUUCUGUUGCCCAAGCAGACAUGGCAUCACAGUCAGUGGGUGGAGGGUCCUUCCAAAUUGGACGUCUAGAUCGAAGACGUGCGGGUGGUGGGUUGUAGAUGUCGGCAUGGAUUGGUUUGAAAGACAUCAGCUGGUUCUACAUGGAGAAAAAAAUGUUAUUGAAAUGGACAUUAUGCAUUACAGUCAUCUUUGUAUUAACGACUGCCAUGUGGAUGAAUCGUAAGAAUUUCAGCUUAAGCCUUUAUGUACAUGAUGACACAAUUAUCCAUAAUGAUGACAGUCCAAUACACUCAAGCCAGACAACUAUAACCCCAAUUAAGAACGCAAAACAGACAACUGUAACCCCAGUUAGGAACUCAAAACAGAAAACUAUAACCCCAGUUAAGAACUCAAAACAUUUAAUGGUUUCUGCCUUCAAAGACCACAGGGUAAAUGGAGCAACUCGGAUCAUUAGCAUCUUAAACAGAGACCACCUGCAGCCACUGUUUUGUAUUUUCUGUUGUGGAAACAAUUAUUCCACUCCAGCAGAAAUAGAUAUGCACAGUGACAAUUUAGGAUUUUCAUAUGCGACUACUGAUGUGCUGUGUAAAAAUAAACCAAACUGCGAUGCCACACAUGUCACACUCUCUCUCCUGCCAGACAAGGUGGACAGCAACAUAGACUUCCUACCAAUACAGAACCAGAAAUGGCAAGAGGAAGCCUUCCCAUAUGAAUUUACAGUUUGCAUCUCCAACCUAUUUGCAAGCUAUAACAAUGUCCUUCAGUUUGUACAGGCUAUGGAAGUGUACAGGCUCCUGGGUAUUCAGAGAGUGGUUAUCUACAACACCAGCUGUGGUCCAGACCUUGAGAAGGUGCUGCAUUACUACAGUGAGGAGGGCAUGCUGGAAAUUGUACAAUGGCCAAUAGACCAAUUCCUCAACCCCUCCAAAGGCUGGAACUUCAAAAAGCACGGGGGGGACAUGCAAUACUAUGGUCAACUGACUACUCUUAAUGAGUGCAUCUACAGAAACAUGUACAGGUCCCGGUAUGUGCUGCUGAAUGACAUGGAUGAGAUCAUUAUGCCUUACCAACACGCAAACCUACAUCUGCUCCUGGAAGACCUCCAACACCAACACCCAAAUGUGGCCGUUUUUCUCAUUGAGAACCACAUCUUCCCGAAAACCCAGUUUGAUGAGAGCGGCCGGUUCAACCGCACAGAGUGGAAGAAGGUGCCAGGGAUCAACAUCCUGGAACAUGUCUACAGAGAGCCAGACAGGAAGCACAUUUUUAAUCCUACCAAGAUACUUGCCAAUCCCAGGCAGGUGGUGCAGACGUCUGUGCACUCAGUCCUAAAGAAUUAUGGAGGUACUUAUAGGGUACCGCCAGAUGUGUGCAGAAUUGUGCACGUCAGAGGGCCCCUACAAGGGAGCCUCACCAAGGAACAACUGUUUGUGGACAAAAAGCUUUGGGAAUUUGAAAAGGCCCUCCUGCUGAAUGUUGAUAAUGUAUUGAAGAAAUCUGGGAUCUUCAAUUGAAGUGCCUACAGGGUUUUAGUUUUAUUUUCUGUAAAUGUGAAGUUUUAAUUCUCUGCCCUUUUAAUGAGUGAGUGCCAAGCGAGUGCCAAGAUUGUUCCUAUAGCAUUUGGGUGAAUGGGAAGGAAUGAAACAUGAAUUAAUAUUUAUUUAUUUGUCUGGAGUGUCUGAGUGUUUCCACUUCUAUUUAUACAAAAAUUUGGAGAUUAAUGAUUUUAGCACAUUCUUCUGUUGAUGUUUUUGUAGAGCAAUCCAUUCUGAAUUUAUUGAUAUGCUUUUGAGUAUUCCACUUGCACGAAUGUAUCGAUUGUCCAUCAGCUCACACUUUUAUGCAGAAAGAAUUCCUAUCUUGUGGCUGAUGAAAGCAUUCAUACCUCAUGUUACGACAGAAUGUUAACUAAUUUUAAGAAUGUCAAACUACAUUCUUACAAUGGACCAGUUUGUUGGUUGGGUGAUUUUGGUAUUUCUAGUCUUGAAUCUUUUCUAAAAAUAUUUAUAUGUGACCAAAUGAAAGUCCAAUAUGAAAAUCAUUAACAGAAAAUAGUGCAUUGACUGUAAUGCCACUGGUUGUUAGUGUCUUUUUUAGACCAUUGUAUAAUUUUUUUGAUCAUUUGGUAGUUUUCAUCCAUUUUGUGAAUGAAAUGAACAGACAAGUUGCAUGUUGGUGCAGAGAGUUGUAUAGCAAUUAUAAAAAACCGUAAUCAUAGCAACACAAUUCUGCGUACAAAGUGGGGGGAAAAAAUCCUGAACUGCAGUGAAAGACACUGUCCUCUAUCCCCCACACACACACACACUCCCCACCUCUAAGAUGAGAAACAAGGCCACCUCUCUGAAGGAGUACUUGUUGUCUGCCAUUCCACUCCACCUCCUCCCACUGCUUGAUCUCUAUUCUAACAUCUGACUGCUCCAUGUUGCUGCUAUGUUGUUGCAGGUGGAUACACAUCCUUACUCCUGCUCUUAACACUAUGUAAAAUCAAUCAUCAUUCAUUUGACCACCAGCUCAAAUGUGCAUGUCAAAAAAGGUUGAAAACCCCUGUGACAAAAGAUGGUGAUACAAUAUUACAUUCAAUGAUAAUGUGGUAAAAUUGAUCCUGUUCCAAAGUCAUUGGUAUCAAUCGAUUUAUUUAUCCUAAAAUAUUCAUGAUCUAAACAUGGAAUGCUGUUACAAGUAAUCUGUUUCCAUAAAACUAUGCUUUCAGAGUAAUGUUACACUUAUAAUUUUUAGUAGUUGGUACAUUGGUAGUUAGAUGCAUUUCAAUGAAUGAAAAAACAGUAUUUUCAAAUGUAAUGUGUGUAUUUCAUUUUGAAAUGCUAAUACUUUUAAUGUUAAGUUCAGUCAUUGUGAACAAUAGAAGCAAAGUUUUUUUUUCAAGCAAUUGAAAAAAGUGAUCACAAUUUUGAUUAUCUGUUUUGAGUUUUGGGUCUACAGUUUUUAAAAAUGAACUCAAGGUUCUGAAAUUUGAGUCAAGGUGAUUGUAAAAAAUAAAAUAAAAUAAAAACUGUAAAUGCGCCGAUUCA